CUGCGCUCGUUUACUAAGAAAAAUGGGCAUUUUUAGGUGAGAAAAUCAAGUGAAAUCUGUAAAACAGACACCUCUAUGAAGCACGAGACUAUCUAAUCACCAUCCAAAUGACUAGCAAAUGAACUUUGACGUAUAGAUAUCAGCAAUACAGAAACACCCCCCUAGCAGUUCUGGAAUACCUGAUAUCAAAUGGCUGCUUCGAUUGAAUAUUAAAACGAAGUGAAAAAUGAACAACGAAAAAUUUUGGCUCUUGUGGUGGGGUGUUGCGUGCUUGUUAGGUGCUGAAGCCAGCUAUAAUGAGUCCAUUUGCACCUUCGAAACGUUUAAUUGUGGGCCCAUCCCUCCUACAAUAAAAGAAUCAUUCAUCUUGAAAGGAGAAUAUAUCGAUUUUGAUUCCCAAACAACCACUUGGCAAGAAGAAUACUUCGAUUACCCAAAUCUCAUUGCCAAGUAUAAAAUAGUGGCCGAAGGAAUGGAACUUCACCACAUCUUCGACUACGAACAGGAGGAAGUGAUUGUGUAUCAAGUAAUUCAUCCAGGAGCUCCUGCAGAGAAAGAUCCUACAGCCAUACGAACGUGCAAAGUGAUAGAUUUGGAGAGUUCGGGCCUAGGUGGUAUUUAUGGGUAUUUGUAUAAACAACAAUCCGUGAAACGUUCGAGAAUGUACGAUUCUUCUCAAGUGUUACACUUUGGAGGCGAGUACAAGUACGCGUUUGUAAAGAAUUCCACGCUGAAAGAGCGACAGAUCCCCCAUUUAGAAUAUCAUGGAUGCGUCUAUGACAAAAACUUCGAUAUGACCAUGGAUAAGACGUUCUUAUGGAGCAGAGAUGACGUUGUGAUAGCGAGUGGAGAAGAUACCAUGCCCAUAAAGGCAAAUACGUUAGGUGUCAGAACGACAUAUAAUGAUGAUGGAAAACCUGAAACCGAAAGCUUCAAUUACACUGAAAAUUUUGUUUGGUAUCAAGGGAAUCCUGAUUUCGAUGAGGACACCUUUUGGAUUCCUCGAAGGAUGUACUGCGAAGAUUUGCGAUCAAAAAUCAAUGAACCCAACUUUCCAACUGCAUUUAGCGCUCGUUUAGAGGAAACUGUUAUGAAGUACGACGUGGACGGUAACUUAAAAGACAUGGGGUUUGUCUGGAACAAUGAGACCUGGUACGAUUCUGACGAAAACGUCAUUCGAAUGGAUUUUGUACUUAGCGAAAAAGAUGGAGAAGUGUUUAAAGUCUUCGGAAAGACCCCCAUUUCGGCAAUCUUCGAUGUUACUCAAGGUGUGGUUUACUAUAUAAGCAGGGUUUCGGGAAUUUGUGUACCCUUCGCCAUCCCUGCAGAUAGUAUUGUUAUAUCCUCCGAUUUUGAAAGAAAAAUGGCGUCAAUUGAAGAGAUCUUAGGGUUAAAUGGAUUAGACAUGGAAUACAAAGGAAAGAACAGAGCUCGACAAAUCCUUUGUGAUGUCUGGGCUGGAGAAAAUGAGGACGACGAGAAUACAACAAUUUUUACGGAAUUUUAUACAUCAGCUAAUGGAUGGCAUUCAGAAUCGGAAGAGGACGAAGUUUUCGAUGUUCCAGUUAGAAUUACGCAGAGUAUCUUUAGAACUGUGGAAGACCAAACAAACGAAACAGUUAGAGAGAUUAAUAUAUUUGACUUUAAAGAUACGAAACCUUCAUUUACUGUAUUUGAUAUAACCAACUGUCUAAUUAGCCAAGAUCAUUUGUUCUUAUCCUUUUCAAUUGAAAAAAACUAUGCAGAAAUAGUAGAAUCAUACAACGAACAGAAAUUUAUAGCUGCAAUCAGAAAAUCAAUUGCAGAUUUUAGCCAUAUUGGAUCCACAAUUUUAGUCCAGGACAUCGAGAUCUUUGAAUCUAGAAAAAACGAUAGAAUUCGAGUCGAUUUCUUACUCAUGGAUCAACCGAAACUUUAUGGAAAGAGCAAGAAACAACCAGGAACUAGCUUAAACGUAGCAUAUAAUAAUCUUAAAUCAGCGAUAAACAGUGGAUCGUUUAUAAUUUUAGUUGUUGUGGACGGUGUGACGGGUGCAGAUACCAUUAAAGCGAUACCAAACAGUUUAGUUAAGCUGCUUCAACAUUCUCAACCAUUAGAGGAAAGUGCGCAUUAUAGUGGGAUAGAUCUUAUAGAUCCUUAUGGCAGCGAAGAGCAAGAAGCCGAGCCAAAACCUACUAAGAAACAUAUAAUAGACAAAAUAAAGGAUUUUAUUUCCGUGAAGAGAGCAGGAGAUGUAGAGACGAAUAAAGAUAAAACAGAAUUUCCAGGAUAUUCAUCAGGGCUGCUAGCGGGUGUUGGAAUAAUAAUGCUUGCCGUAGGCAUUGCAUUAGGCAUUGGUUUAAUGUAUCUGUAUUUGAAGAAGUACGGAAGAACACAGGAUGGUAAUUCUCUAGUGCUGCAAGAAAGAUAGGCGCUGCGCGUUGUUAUUUGUAGAUUUACUUUUCCAAGCUCGUUGCGUGAAUAAGAAAAUCAUCAGUUUUUUUAUAAUUGUCUUAAUUAUAAAUGGUUAAUUUUAUUUAUUAAAAAUUUUUUGGCAAUUAAAAUGACAUUUUU